AUGUUCUCACCCGCAGUAUUCUUGAUGCAGUCCCUCUUCAUCGGGGCCGAAUAUCUUUCGUGCGAUCUCUUGGAUCCCUACAACAUCAAGCCGCAUAUCAUGUCCCAGCUGCUGGCGGAGACCGUUAGUCUUUACCGACGAGGCCUUAUUACCACAACCAUUCCCCGGUCACCCAAGAACAUUGCUGGGCUUGGUGAUGCCCUAGCAUCUUUUUCUGAUAGCUUCGAGGCGGAGCUGGACAACAUCCGUGCACCCGAAGGUUCCCGGCGCGAAGAACCUGCACGAAGUCCUUUCCCAUCUUCUGGAUUCUUCCUGACCACAAGCUCCGUCCCCGGGGUGUUGGGAAUAUUAGGGCAAAGCAACUACGCUGCCGGAAACAGUUACCUAGAUGCUCUUGCACAGCACCGUCGCUAUCACUGGCAGAACUCAAUCUCAAUAGUCCUUCCAAUAGUCCUUGGAGUUGGGGUAGUCGCAGGGACCAACGAGCUCGAGGAAUCACUUAGACACAAGGGAAUGUAUGGCGUUGACAAGGAAGCCCUCCGCAUCUUUGAGAUCGCAAUGAUCGAACAGGUUCGGGAAGGUAUCUCAGACCACAUUGUUAUUGGACUGGGUCCAAUGGAACUCGCCAAAGCGGCACGGGAAGCCGGUGACGACGUCGACAGUUUUUGGGCUUCAAAUGUGCGAUUUAAUCACACUGUUUGA